AUGUUAAAAUCAAAGAAGGCACUGUUAACACUUCUACUUCUACUGUUCUGUUGCUUUACUUUCCUUUCCACAUGUAAUGGACAAACACUUCGUAAUCAAAAACAACUUGAAUCUGCAGUUUUUCAAAGCUAUUCAUCACCUAAAUAUGGAUAUUAUGAUCUUUACUAUUUGAUUAUUCCAAAAAAUGCUCUUGUCAAAGUAGAUGUUGGCAGUUCUGAUAGUUUGACAGUUUAUUUCAAAUUAAAUUCCGUACCAACACAAACAAGUUAUGAUGAUAGAUAUGAAUGCAGAACUUGUUAUUUCUCAAAUACUUAUACAAGUAGAAAUUCAUCACUUACUUAUCAGACGUUAUAUAUCGCAGUUGCAGCUCAAAGAAAUACUUACUAUUCUUAUGGUAUUACAGGAUAUACUUUUCCAUCAGAUUAUUUAAUAAGUAUUAAUUCAGGAAAAUCAAUCACAUCUACUAUUUUGACAGUUGGCAGUUGGGCAUUCUAUCAAAUUAUUCCAUCUUCAUCAAUAAUUUCAUCAUUAUCAUCAUCAGAUCAAUCAAUUAUCAUUGAGAGAGGUUUGGAUUUUGGAUUUGAAUUUUAUUCUCAGGAAUUCCCAAGUCCAAAUUACAGUGACAAUACCAUUUAUAAUAAUAGAUUGAAUGAUACUAAAGUUUCACUUAAUUUAGGAUCGAGAAAAUAUAUUGCGGUUGUGAAUAGAGGUAAAAAUCAAACCUUGAGUACUACUAGAGCUGCUACUAAUUUAGGAAGUAGUGAUAUUUCCUUCUUUGAACCUUUUAGAGUUGUCGUUAGAGGUGAAAAUAAUGAAAGAGAUCAUUAUCCAUUCGAAACUUACAAAUUUUCAAUUGCUACUACAAUAUCAAAUUCUAUAAUUUUGGAUGGUGGAAGUGGUGCUGUGAAUUCAUUGAUUAUUUUUGUGUAUUUCAUUCCAUUUUUGUGUUGUUGUGUUGUUUGUGGAUGUUGUUGCUUUUUUAUUUAUAGAAUUAAAAGAUCAAAUUAUUAA